AAGUCUUUAAUACUCCCGUUUUUUUUCUUCUGUUUUUUCAAAUGAUCAACAUCUGUGGAUGAAACUGAGGUUACAAACAAGGAGUCUUGUCUCUCCAGCGGUUUCCAGCUGCAGUGAGGAAGUGACUUCGUCAAAAAAGGCUCAGGUCCGCCACCGCUCUGUGUCACCACUUCAAACCGGGACCGGGUUCAGACGCCGCCGCCUCCACUACAGACGAAACCCGUGUUUGUGACGCUUGAUGUCUUCGCGGCGCCAGUGCACGUUUCAAGUCCUGCAGGCUGCAGUCUUGUCCAUCAGGAGGAUGGGGAACCUAGUGCGAGGAGCCUGCCCCAAAGCCAAGAACAAGAAUCUCCAAGGAUCAUCCAAUGAUCUGGAAGAGGACGUGAUGGUGGUUCUGGAGGACCACCCGUCUCCUGAUGUCAGCACGCCCAUCCACAGGAUGGGUGAGAAGCUCACCCUCAUCAGCCAGGAGUCCUACUGUUGCAGGGUCGUCUCCCACCGAACAGGGAAGGAGAACUACAUCCCAAAAAGUCUGGUGGCCAAAGUUUACCACGGGUGGUUGUUUGAGGGGGUGGAGAGGAGGAAGGCUGAGGAGCUGCUGAUGCUUCCUGGAAACAGAGUGGGAUCCUUCCUGGUGCGAGAGGGGUUGAGGGAGCGAGGUGUGUACGUGCUGUCGGUGAAGCACAGGACCGUCAAGCACUAUCGGAUCCUCCGACUGGACAACAACUGGUACUACAUCUCUCCCCGCCUCACUUUCCAGUGUCUUGAAGAUCUGAUCAGCCACUACUCUGACUGUGCCGACGGCCUGUGCUGCGUGCUGACGUCGCCAUGCCUGUCCACAUCCCCUGCGUCUCCGGAGCUCACUGCUGGAACUUCCCCUGUGGUUAUGAGACGCGACUUUGACUGGCAGAGGAUCGACAGUGGCCAGCUGCUCAGCAACACCAGUAGCAAUGACAUGGUGAGCUACGGAGUCAGGAACAGCAUCGCUGCCUAUCUGUCCCUGUCCGGAGCUCAGGACCAAAGUAGGGCAGAGAGCAGGAGAAAGAAGAGCAAAUCUGUGUACGCCAUCCCAGAGAAAGACUUUGAUGACUUUUGAAUCCUUCUGGAGGUUUUGGACUUGACUUUACACAUCGCAUUUCACUAGUUCCAGAAACUAACUUUAUCCUCUCGAUGUCGUGCUGCCGUCACUUCUCUUGUUCCCUGCUUUAUCCAAGUAUCAAAAUGACCUGCCACUAAACUUCAUAAGUGAAACUGUUGAGAUGGAGAAGUGCAGAGUUCACUUCAGUUCACUUCACAGCCAAAAAAAAAAAGCUGUCACACCACAGCAGCGAUUGAGGAGAUAGAGGAGAUUACGGAAUCCGAAACAUGACUAGUUUUUGCCGGCCAUUUGCACCCGGUAACACCACGAGAAGUUGCUUUAUCUAUUCAGAUAUAGUUGGGGAUCGACCUUGUAAAUAUUCGAGCACUUUAACGCUACUUUUAAAGUGGACGAUAUGAGCUCAGCAUUUCGACAUGACAGCUCCACAUCAGAGGGUCUCAAGUGCAAUACACAUCAAGUGGCUCCAGAUGAAGGCGGCGAGUGUUUACAGCCGGAUGGAGUUUUACCGAGUUACCGAUGGAGGUUGAACCUGCUCCUGCUUUAUUGACAUAUGAUGAAUGUAAAGAUAAAUGCUGCAUUAUCACUCAGUAAGAGACGGUGUAAUUACUGUACAUUUUGUAAAAGCUUGUCGAAUAAACAUUUAUUUAAUGCAACAAUAAGCCUCAACAUUAUGACCACCUCUGUGAUAUUUGUCUAGCUGACGGAGCUGCUGCUUCAGGAUCUACAGGUGUUACUUCUGAAAACAAAUCAAUAAAUAAAUAGGGACCAAACCACCCGA